AUCAGUGUCUCUGUUCUCCGACAAUUCAAGUGCUGAGAUCAGCUGACGCGAUCAUGUGACCAAGGCUAGCGAGUCUGCUCAAAAUGGAGUUGUCGGAAUCAGUGAUGAAAGGGCUUCAAACCCUGGCCGAUCCAACUGUGUUCGACCAGAAAUCAUUUACGAUAUUCACGGAGGUCGCAUUCGACAGUCUGGUCUCCCCUCGAGGCGAAAGCGUUCUAGGUCACCCAGAAUUGAAGCACAUUGACCAGACUACCUUGAAACACUGUCAUACGGCGGCAACGACCUUCAUUCUGGAAGGAGUUAAGCAGAAUGCAGAUAAAUCAACAAUUAGCUCAUGUCUUGAGGAUGCCAAGUUCCUGAAUGAGAGAGUGGACACAUUUUAUAAUUCAUUCCAGAAAAACAAAAGAAAAUUGGAAUCUUUGUUAUCAAGCAUUGAUACAUGUCCUCCCCAUGUAACGGAUGCUGAAUGGCGUCUUGAGUAUUGUAUAAAGAAUAGUCAUGUACAUAAAGUCAAUCAGCCGUCAUACCUGAUUUCCUUAAACACCGAGAGGGCUGGCGCUUCUUCGGAAAUUAAUUUUAGUUGCACCAUGGAGCAACUUCAGGAUUUGGUUGGAAAAAUGAAGGACGCAGCAAAAAGUCUCGAGAGGGCAACCCAGUCUUGAUUCCUGGAUCAAUACAUUUCGAAUGCCGAAGAUUAACGCGACAAACGUGUCUUUCCUUCGGGACGCAGUGCCCCAUCAAUUUUUGUUCUUCUUCUUGCAUAUAUCGACUAUUCUGUAGCUUCUUUUCAUAAAUUUUACAAUAAAAAAAUCACUUUGAUAUAAGUAAA